GCCAAGAUGGCAACUGAAGCUAUUUCGUCCGAUGUCGAGAGAACUUUUAUAAUUUGUUGACUUAGAAUUCUGUAUACGAUAUCGAAAUAAUUCUCGUGUAAAAAACGCAGAGUUUUAGCUUUAUUAAAUGAAAUAUUCUUUAACUCUGAAAUAGGCUUAAACUAGCGGUACGAGUAAUCGUAUAGCGUACCCGGAGUUGCGGCAUACGAUUCGUCUGACAGCUUCUUUUUCGAUCAUUUUUGUACACGUUUCAUUUUAAUUUGUUUAUUUAGAGAUAUAAUAUGGAUCCUCGAAUACAUAGACGAUCAGAGUCUGAAAAAGGACCCGGUGAUUUGAUAGUUGAAUGGCUAAACGAGGCUUCUUUGAGUCCAGCAGAGGACGUCAAAGUCUCAAAUAUAUGUAAAGUCCAAGAAAUCUUAGUAAACAAGGAACCGCAGUUACUUCCAUUAUACUUGGACGAAGCCCUGCAAUUUUCCUUAGAUAGACAUACUGAAGUUAGGAAAACAGUCACAGGUUUUAUAGAAGAAGCAGGAGUAAAACAACCAGAAAUAAUUCCACGUGUAGUUCAAAUACUUUUAAGACUAGUUGCUGAUGAUUCAUCAGCUGUAGCUAAAAGAGCUUUAAGAGCCAGUGGCAGGAUACUAAGAUCUGCAUUGAAAUGGAUAUCCGUUGCCACUACAGUUACUCCAGAAAUGGAAGUAGCUUGGGGUCAACUCAGUGCUCUUAAAAUACAAAUUAUAAAUAUGAUAGAUAGUGACAAUGAUGGUAUUAGGACGCAAGCUGUGAAGUUUCUCGAAGGUGUUGUUUUAAUACAAACAUACCCAGAUCCAGACUCAGCUAAGAAGCCAGAUGACUUUUCCUUAGAAGAUAUUCCAUUAACUUUAAAAAUAGCCCGUAGACGAAAGCUAGAAGAAGAGGCUAAUGACGUAAUGGAUUUAUUAAUUAAAUUUCAUGGAUCACCUCAUGUUAGCAGCGUUAAUUUAAUGACAUGCAUGGGCUCCCUAGCAUUUAUUGCUAAAACAAGGCCCCAAUUUAUGCCAGGAGUAAUACAAGCUCUGCAAAGGCUGCAAAACGAUUUACCUCCAACAUUGUCUGACUCUCAAGUAACUAGUGUACAGAAGCAAUUAAAAUUAACUUUAUUAGGUCUAAUGAAACACCCCGCUAGUAUAGAAUUUGCGUCUACUAUAGCUAAACAAUUGACACAACUGGGAGCGAAAGAACAAGAAAUAAUCAAGUCUUAUCCAAAACCGGAGGAUAUCCGACGCAUGAAAAAGCGACAACAAGAAGCGGCUACUGCUUCUGCUGCGAAACGCCUUAAAGUUGAAGCUCCCUUAAUACCGGAUGAACCAGAAGUUGUACCCACCCCAGUACCUCCUCCGAAAUUACCAGAAUUAUUGGAACUUUCGGAGAAUUUCAUUUCUGAAAGAUUAAGUGUGGAGAUUGCUACAGAUUUAGUAAUGGAUAGCAUGGCCUGGGUACCAGAUUCAAUGACAACGAUCUUUCAAAGAGAAUAUCAGCCUACAUCAACGACCGACAUCAACGUUCAGCGGCAAACGAUUGCUAAAUUGUUGGCCGUGCAAAUUAAGCAAGCUAAAGCGAAGAGAAAGAAAGAAGCUAAGGACGAAGAUGCUGUCAUGGAGGAUCUGAUAAAGAAUCCCACAAUUAGCGUGGCAGAGGCGAAACGUGAAAGAAAGCGUGAAAAGGACAGGGAGAAAGAAAAGGAGGCGAAAGCUUCUUUAGAAGCUCAUGAAAAGUCGCUAGCAAAAGCGAGAAAUCGUCUAAAAGCUUUGAAGUUAUCCGAAGUUACGAAGCCAUUGUCAAAAGAAGUGAAAGAGAAAAUGUUAUUAAUGGCGGUUAAUAGAAUCCUCUCGUCCGAGAAGACAGCCGUAUUUGGCGGCGUUGCAGCCAUACGGUCCAAGAUAUUAACGACUUUAGCCGCAACAUUUAAUCCCUAUAUUAAGGAGGCUGUAUUACGAUACAUCACCGACGACAUGAGAAAUCGUUUGGAUUUAGCUUUAGGUUGGUUGUACGAAGAAUAUGCGUUACUUCAAGGUUUCCAAAGAAGAACCACGCUAUGCACGAAGCCUCAAGAAGCGCCGCAUCAGGCGUACAAUUUUCUGUUGUGCACUUUAGUGUCGGCGAUCGAUCUAGUUCAAGGGAAAGAUCGGGAUACAUUAUUGAAUAGGUUAUAUCUGGAAGCUCCCCUAAUUACGGAAGACGCCGUGGAGGCUUUAAAAAUGGUGUCUUCCGAGGAGACCAGAGGGCUGGCACCAUUGCAGUUAUUGAAGGAAAUGGUUAUUCGGAGACCUACGAAGCAAUUAGUUUUCUUAAACGUCUUAUUGUGUCAUACUGGACACGAGAACAACACGAUAAGGGAAGCAGCAAUACAAUUAGUUUGCGAGCUAUAUAGUCGUUCUGAGUUAAGUAAACUUAUAGAAGAGUAUGCAGUCCUUUAUUUAGGCUUUUUGCGACUUCAUGCACCACCAGAAAUAGUGUUUGGACAAGACCGAGGUAGACCACAAAUAGAAACACAGUGGACAGAAUCGACAACAAGAGCGUGUCUUGGAUUGUAUCUUGCGUUGCUAAGCGAACAUCAAGAUUUGAUCCAUGAAUUGGCAAGAGUUUAUACAUCGAUGAGCGCAGAUGUAAAGCGCAUGGUUCUGCGAUUAGUGGAAGGACCAGUGAGAUCUCUAGGAAUGGGCAGUCCACAAUUACUGGCUUUAGUUGAGACUUGUCCGAAAGGAGCCGAGACACUGGUUACGAGAAUUAUCCAUAUUCUUACAGAGAAGUCUGCACCGAGCGCAGAGUUGGUUGCAAGAGUGCGAGAACUUUAUCAGACUAGGGUCUCGGAUGUUCGGUUCUUGAUACCGGUAUUAAACGGUUUAACAAAGAAAGAAGUUAUAGCUGCCCUCCCAAAACUCAUAAAAUUAAAUCCCAUUGUUGUCAAAGAGGUGUUUAACAGAUUACUGGGAACACAUAAUAAUGACAGCGGUGUACCUCAUACGUCUCCUAUUACACCUGCUGAAUUGUUAAUAGCCCUACAUAAUAUAGAUCCAAGUAAAGCAGAAUUAAAAACCAUUAUAAAAGCUACUUCGCUUUGCUUCGCAGAGAAGCAAGUGUAUACGCAAGAAACAGUGGCCGUUGUCAUGCAACAUUUGAUGGAGAUGACACCACUGCCUACGUUGCUAAUGCGCACGGUGAUACAAAGUUUAGCACUGUAUCCAAGGUUAAGUGGGUUCGUUAUGAACAUACUUCAACGAUUAAUUCUUAAACAAGUUUGGAAGCAGCCAAAGGUUUGGGAAGGUUUUGUCAAGUGCUGUGAGCGAACACAACCACAAAGUUUCGCUGUCAUUUUACAGCUUCCUCCAACACAGUUGGCAGAAGCGUUGAAAAUGUCGAGUAAUUUGCGCGCACCGUUAUUAGCACACGUUGAAGCCUUUGCCGAGAAUCAGAAAGCGCACAUUCCACAAUCGAUAAUGGACGUUAUUCAGGGUAAAUCACCUUGCGACAUGCAUGAUGAAUUUGAUAUUGCUCCACCCGGUGAUUAUCCGAUCGAACAAAAACCAGAAACAAUGGAAACUGAUGUUUCAGAACCAGCACCACCUGGUUUAGAUUAGCAUAAACUUAUUCCAGUGUUGGGAUCUGAAUCAUCAUCUACAGAUUGUCCCAACUUUAACGAAUUCACACUGUAAAUCAUAAAUAUUUUUCUUUUUACACCGUGAUAAAUCUGAAACGUUAGAUUCAUAUAUUCUUUGACUCACACGUAGAAUGUACAUAACAUCUCGGAUCUACAGUUAUUUGAUUGAAAAACAAAUUGAUUUUAUUGGUUUUGUAAAUAGAAUUUACAUGAUCAAACGUACGUACAUACAUACGUAUGUUGAUUUCACGGUAUAGUAUACUCUCCAUUACAUAUCGAAAUUAAUUGAAUCGAAGUUAAUUUUUCGGCUUCCUGAGUAUCACGAAUCUACUGUAUAAACAUAAUGUUUUGUUUUUUUCAUUUCAACAGGGAUCAAACAAGAUUAUUAUAACCAAAAAUUUAUAUUUGUAAAAAUAUAUUUAUUAAUACUUUCAUUAUGUAAUCCAAAGUGCACUAUUAUAUUGAACAAUAAAAAAAUAAAUAUUUUGUCACGUUGAAUCAUAGCAAUAUCAUGUACAUAGAUAUAGAUCAUUCUUAUGAUACAAAAUGCGAUAACGUUUUCUAUCUGUUGCACAAAAUAUAUGUGAUUGACAUUGUGUACAAAAAAAAAAAAAAAGUUACUGGAAACAAUAAUCAACUUAGAGUUACAUUAGACUUCUUUGCAGAUGUCAAUCUCAAACAGUAAGUAUGACGACUGUUUUUUAGAUUCUGAUUUGUACUAAAAUAGUGCCAUGAAUGUGCUUAUAAAGUUUUAUACGUUGCGUGCGUGUCUGUUUACUGCAUCGAUUAGUGAAUUAUCCUGUUGACUCGUAAUUAAUUCGCAUGUGUGUCUUACAUACGACAUCUUUAUUCCAUGUAAAUAUUCGCGUAUAUGACACUGAAUUACAAAACGGAAGUUACUAAAAGUUACGUUACUGAAAGGCACUUUGAAAAUCGAAUGAUGUAAAAACAAAAAUAAAAAUUUUCUUAUACAAA